AUGUGGAUGGAGGCUAACCCCGUCAGCCGUGGCACCGUCAGCCGUGGCACCGUCAGCCCUGGCACCGUCAGCCCUGGCACCGUCAGCCCUGGCACCGUCAGCCCUGGCUCCAUCAGCCCUGGCACCGUCAGCCCUGGCACCGUCAGCCCUGGCACCGUCAGCCCUGGCUCCAUCAGCCCUGGCGCCGUCAGCCCUGGCACCGUCAUCCCUGGCACCGUCAGCCCUGGCACCGUCAGCCCUGGCACCGUCAGCCCUGGCCCCAUCAGCCCUGGCGCCGUCAGCCCUGGCUCCAUCAGCCCUGGCGCCGUCAGCCCUGGCGCCGUCAGCCCUGGCACCGUCAGCCCUGGCACCGUCAGCCCUGGCACCGUCAGCCCUGGCACCGUCAGCCCUGGCGCCAUCAGCCCUGGCGCCGUCAGCCCUGGCACCGUUAACCCUGGCCCCAUCAGCCCUGGCGCCGUUAACCCUGGCCCCGUCAGCCCUGGUCACGUCAGCCCUGGCGCCGUCAGCCCUGGUUCCGUCAUCCCUGGCACCGUCAGCCCUGGUCACGUCAGCCCUGGCCCCGUCAGCCCUGGUCACGUCAGCCCUGGUACCGUCAGCCCUGGUCACGUCAGCCCUGGUACCGUCAGCCCUGGCCCCGUCAGCCCUGGUCACGUCAGCCCUGGUCACGUCAGCCCUGGUACCGUCAGCCCUGGUACCGUCAGCCCUGGCACCGUCAGCCCUGGUCACGUCAGCCCUGGCACCGUCAGCCCUGGUCACGUCAGCCCUGGUCACGUCAGCCCUGGUACCGUCAGCCCUGGUCACGUCAGCCCUGGUACCGUCAGCCCUGGUUCCGUCAUCCCUGGCACCGUCAGCCCUGGUCACGUCAGUCCUGGCCCCGUCAGCCCUGGUCACGUCAGCCCUGGUCACCCUGGUACCGUCAGCCCUGGUCACGUCAGCCCUGGCACCGUCAGCCCUGGUCACGUCAGCCCUGGCCCCGUCAGCCCUUGUCCCGUCAGCCCUGGCACCAUCAGCCCUGGCCCCAUCAGCCCUCGUCCCGUCAGCCCUGGCCCCGUCAGCCCUGGCACCAUCAGCCCUGGCCCCGUCAGCCCUCGUCCCGUCAGCCCUGGCCCCGUCAGCCCUGGUCACGUCAGCCCUGGCACCAUCAGCCCUGGCCCCGUCAGCCCUGGCACCAUCAGCCUUGGCCCCGUCAGCCUUGGCCCCGUCAGCCUUGGCCCCGUCAGCUCUGGUACCGUCAUCCCUGGUCCUGUCAGCCUUGGCCCCGUCAGCCCUGGCCUCGUCAGCCUUGGCCCCGUCAGCCCUGGCACCGUCAGCCCUGGCCUCGUCAGCCUUGGCCCCGUCAGCCCUGGCACCGUCAGCCCUGGUCCCGUCAGCCAUGGCCCCGUCAGCCUUGGCCCCGUCAGCCCUGGCACUGUCAGCCCUGGUCCCAUCAGCCAUGGCCCCGUCAGCCUUGGCCCCGUCAGCCCUGGCACUGUCAGCCCUGGUCCCGUCAGCCUUGGCCCCGUCAGCCCUGGCCUCGUCAGCCUUGGCCCCGUCAGCCUGAGGAACCCUGAUCCCUGCGGACUCCACUGGUGA